GACGCAGGAGCGAAAUUCGGUGGUCCGGUCUUGUAUAGGCAUGUAAAGAUAAGGAAAUAUUGAUAGAGUCUAGGGAAGCAAAGGAAAGGAGCCCGGGCAAGGAAGUAGUCGGGGUCAAAGGGUGUGUUGGCACGUGAUAGCAGGCUCCAUUGAGUUUCGAAGGCCAGAGUACAAAUCGAACUGCUGGGGUGCACGAAUUGCCCCAUCCCCGGAUGAUCCUACGGACCACAUAUAUACCCCGCCCAUUCUCGUAUCUUCGUCUCUCACGACGUCCUCUUUGCCGCCGUUCCCUCACAUCCUUUUACUGCUCUCCUGCAUCCAUGUCAAAACAACAGCCAGAACAGGGAUCCAAGGUGCUUGUGCUCGGUGCCGGUAACUUUGGGAGUUGCUUAGCAGACCAUCUUGGGGACUCGGACCAUCAAGUGUUUUUGUGGGCUCGCGAAGCGCAUGUCGUAAAGCACUUUAACGAGCAUCAUUACAACCUGGAAUACCUCAAGGACCACAAGUUUUCCGAUAAUAUCACCGCCGUCGGGCCUGGGUUUCCUGCUAAGGGGCUGAUCAACAAGAUGGAUGUUCUGUUGUUUGCUAUUCCGACCCAGUUUCUCAGGGAAAAUUUAUCUCGACUUCGCCCUCACCUUGACCCCAGCAACUUUCCUCUUUUGAUCUUUGUCAACAAGGGUAUCGAAGUUGGAACACACGCUUUAACACUGGAAAUUAUAGCAGAUACCUGUGGUCCAGAAUUCGCGAAAGCGGCGACAUUCAUUUCAGGACCGUCGUUCGCGAAAGAAAUCGUCCAACGGCAACCAACAUCUGUUUCAGUCGCAUCUUUUACUGAAGCAGAGGCCGACAAAGCUGCUAAUUUAUUCCAUCAGCCGCACUUCCGUUGCUACACGGGCAGUGAUCCAAUAGGUAUCGAGCUCUCCGGCGCGCUGAAGAACGUCUAUGCCAUCGCUGCCGGCGCAUCCGAUGGCUUGGGGUACGAAAACAAUACACGGGCUAUGAUGAUAACUCGGGGUUUAGCGGAAAUGACCUGUAUUGGCACCGCGUAUGGGGCGUCGCCAUUGACAUUCCUGGGCCUAGCUGGCGUUGGGGACCUGUUUUUGACUUGCAGUUCCUCUAACAGUCGUAACUACACGGUGGGAUACCGGCUUGGAAAGGGCGAGUGCCUAGAUACGAUUAUCAAUACACUUGGAAGUGUGGCCGAAGGUGUGUCAACAACCAAAGGUGUCAAGAAUGUGAUAGAUUCACUGGGAGUUCAUGCCCCCAUUGCGAAUUCCAUGUAUGAAGUUUUGUACGAGCGGAAGGAUAUACGGACUGCAGUGCGAGAACUGAUGGAGCUUCCACCUUCCCGAGAACUAGAAUUGCCUCCGACUGCCGGUGGACCUGCCCGCCAACUGGUGGAGAAAUUGGGGUUAUAUACCAAGGAGUAGAGAAAGUCCUGGUAACAAAGCGACCACGGAUCAUUCAGUAGAGCAGCUGACGCAUAUCGAUUUUUUUAUCGGUGAGAUCAAGCGGGAUCAUGCCAUCGGAGGGCGCAGGAGAUUGAUAUUUUUACAAUAGUUUGUAUGGCUUAAUGACAUAUCAUAUUAUUACACACGUCGACAGCCACCGGCGAGUUGUAUUUGCG